ACCGGCGAAACACGUUGACGUAGUUUGGGGACAUUGUUUGAAGAGCAGGGGGAAGUGUGCCACAGUUGUCUAGGUUUAAAAUUGCGGGGAAUUUCUAUAGACAUAAUUCAAGUCUAAUAACUAGCAACACUUGCAUUUACGUUUAUCAAAGAAUUAGAUAUAGCGGCCAUGUAUUAGCAAAACGUACGAGUUUGUGUUGCAACAAAGCUGAAGUUGGACAGCUAGCUAGCUAGCUAGCGCUACUUUCUCCAUCAGACUAGACAUGAGUGUUAACGUUAGCUAUAACUUCUAAUUGAGCCAAAAUCAGUCUUGAUCGCUGUCUAAGUAGCUAGCUAGUUCAAGUAAAGCACAAGUCUUGAGUAGUUUUGUGAAAGCUCACAAUUGUGAGAAUAUUCAGGCUAACGUUACUACUGUAGCUAGUUAGCACCAGACUCAUGAGGAAAGAGCACUGAAUUGUCAGGCGUUACAUUUUUUUUGGCUAACAGCUUUGUCGUUCAUAUUUUUUUUUAUUCACCAUAAACUGGUGUUUUAGAUUAAUACUUAGCGCAGCAAGCAUAUCGUGUAAUGUAGUUGGCUAGCUUUAUGCGGUAAAAUGUGUUACGUUUAACUAAGAUGGUUCUAGCAGGAAGUACAGUAACCUUAAGAGAAUAGCUUGUUAGAAAAUGGAGUAAAGCAGCUACAGUAGUCCAUCCAUUGAAAAGCAAAAGUAACGUUAGCUUAUUAUCCUCUUGGAGGCUAGCUUUAUAAAUCGAGAAACCCACAUCUCCUUUGUUUCAGGGUGUGGCAAAAACCUUGUUUAAAUAACUUUGUAUAGACCGCUAGCAAGUUAUGACAAUCCCUUUAUGUUGAAAACUAACGUUAGCUAGCUAGUUUGCUGCUAGCUACCGACCGAAUGCUGCUACCUAUUGCAUAGCUUCCUAGCCAGCUUGAUAGCGUGGCACUUUCCCAACUGCAUCCUAAAGAUGUCGAACGCCAUAAACGAAGGUCUGUUCUUGAUAAAAGACGUGAAGCCUGGAUCGAAAAAUUUAAAUAUCGUAUUCAUUGUUUUGGAAAUAGGACGGGUCACCAAGACGAAGGAUGGUCAUGAGGUGCGCUCCUGCAAGGUGGCAGACAAGAGUGGAAGCAUCGCCAUCUCUGUGUGGGACGAGCUGGGAAGCCUCAUUCAGCCUGGGGACAUUAUCCGGCUGACCAGAGGCUACGCCUCCAUGUGGAAGGGCUGCCUGACCCUGUACACUGGAAGAGGUGGAGACCUGCAGAAGAUCGGAGAGUUUUGCAUGGUGUAUUCCGAAGUGCCUAACUUCAGUGAGCCCAACCCAGAUCUGCUAGCCCAGAACAACCAGCAGACCAAGACUGGCAAAUCGGAUCAGAGGGGGAAUUCUCCGCCUAAUCAGAAUUCAGGUACACCUGCUCAGUCAGGUAACGGUGCCAUGAUACCAUUUGUCAACAACAGUUCUUCCUCCACUCCUCGUGACCCUGUCUUUGGGGGUGUGGGGCGGACUAACGGCCGUUCCCCUGGCAACGCAGCUCCUCCAGUGUCCGUCGUGGGACCUCCCAGUGCCCCCAAGCCUUCGGUCACCAUUAGCAAUGGCAGGGACCCCCGGCGUGCCAAGAGAUGAAACUGGCAUUAGGGAAAUCUUUCCCUUGGCCUCUUUUAACCCCCCUCCUCACUCUCUCCCUUCCUUCCAUCUACCUUUUGAACAAGCCAGACUUGGCAUUCGCAACAUUAUCACUGAAAAAUACUAGUUUCUGAUCUGCAGCUUAUACCGGUUAAUCUAGUCGACGUUGUCUUUCUCUAGAUGAGCUAAUGUUUGUUGGUUGUGCCAUAAGUUGCAUAAAGCACCUCACUGAAUAAUUGUGACCUAAACCUGAACACAGCAGCAGGACUUGCAAAGAUCUGGACAUAAAGUAUGCUCACCCCCUUCCACCACCACCACCAUAACUGCCAGUUCUGUGCCAGUGUUAUUGACAACCCUCCCCGUGCCUCCCGCCCCCAUUUGUUGGCUGAAACUAUACACCCUACUUAACCACUAGAUGCACUUUCUUCUCUUGAAGUUAAAGUGAAAGCAUCAGUCAUUUGAUUCAGGAUCUGAUUACUGCUGAUGGGGAAAGCCUUAUGUAGGCAAAACAACUUUUUGGACCGAAUUAACUAACAAACCCCCUUGAAAGGGUCACUACUCCCUUCUCAACCAAAACGUGAUAGUUAGAUUUUUAACUGUAGGUCGAUUCGAUUUAGUUGAAUGGCUACAGUUCAUGAGGACUAGUUUAUUUGCUGUCCAGUUGUGAACAAUACAUUUGUUAGGUGGGAACACUUUUUAAGAGCUACUGGCAAGAGGUUAAUCCAAAUACAUUUUACAAUUUUACUGCCAUUUUGUUUUCUGUUUAAUCUCUGAGAUACAGCUAGUGAAGUAGCUAAUGAGUGCAAUAAAUAAUAUUGUCACAUUUUUCACUAA